AUGGAGCUUGCCCGCAUUCUCGCCGCUAAUAUCGACGGCCGCACUCAGAACACGCGGUACCGCCAAGCGCAGUUCCAUCGUCUGCAGGCUGUGCUUGUUGAGCACAUUGCUGAGAUUCAGGAUGCGAUUCGAGCAGACUCGGGACAUACCCAGCAGGAGAUUCGUGCAGAGGUAGUCCUGGCGCUGCAAGAGCUGCGAACACACUAUACAUCCCUGAGCUUGAAGAAGGAUUUGGAGGUCGAGUAUCGCAUUGCAAAUGGAAAAGACAAUGCGGAGAACGUGCAAGGUGCUGGUAUUGUGUAUAUCGUGCCGUCCACGCAUACUCUGUUCUUCUCGGUCAUUUCUGCGUUGACCGCAGCUUUGGCGGCCGGUAAUUGCAUCGUUUUGGAGCUCCCCCAGACGACCAUGGCCCUGCCAGCGUUUUUGCGCCAGAUCCUCCCCGAUGCCCUGGAUCACGACACCUUUGCGAUUACGAGCCAACGACCGGACAAGUCAUUCCUGGACAAGGCUCUGAUGGUUGUGCAGACGGGCGCAGAUGGAUCCCACGGACUCAUUUCACCCGCAACCUCGCGCAGUGUUGCUAUCGUGGAUCGCACCGGCAAGGUUUCCGAAGCUGCUCAGGCUCUGGUCGCGGCUCGUUUUGCGCUGGGUGGACGCUCACCAUACUGUCCCGAUGUUGUGCUGGUGAAUGAGUUUGCGAUGAAGCCAUUUAUCGAGGCCGUCAUUCAGCAUGCUUCGAAGUACCUUGCUGGUGAGAAUGGUGAAGCUAGACAGGUCUCCACGUCGCCGCGACGACCGGGUGUGCUUGACUCGAUUCACAAAGAUAGAACUGCCCGCGUUUUGGUAUCGGGCAGCAACUGGGGCGUGGUUGAGGUUCAGGAUCGCAACUCUCCCCUGUUGAAAAAGAAGAUCGAUGAAAAGGUGUUGCUUGUGCAUCCUGUCACCAGCUUGGAUGACGCUAUCGACGUCAAUUUCAAUGAGAACCUCGCUGCUGUUUAUGCCUUUGCUGCACCUGCUUCAGCCAAGUACCUCACUCAGUUUAUCGACGCUGACAUCUCCUGGGUGAACCACGUCCCCAGCCACAUGCUGAUUGGCCCUGCCCUUCCCCGCAACACUCCUUACAGCCCACAAACCCGCUACGCCACAUCGCAAUUCCAAAAGCCCCGACCCCAACUCAUCAACCCCUCUGCUACCGCCUACGCCACGCAUACAAUUCUUGAGAGCGAGAAUACUGUACGAUCUGACGCCCUUUGGCGUGAGGCAUUGGCACCUUUGCCCUCGACCAAACAGAGACCUGGAUUCAAGAUUGGAUUCUUCGAGCAAGGUAUCAUUACUGGCGUUAGUCUCACACUGAUCUCGCUCGUGGCGACAGUGUCGACGCUGGGAUACUAUACCUGGGCGUAUGUGAGGAUGCGCGGUUAA